AUGCCUGAGGGCAGGAGGUGGCGUCUGACAGGUCGGGGACCGCCCCCGGACUUCAGGGAAGAGGACCCGAACCGAGGUCUGGAGAACAUGACCAAGAGCCUCGCCAACUUGCAGCUCACUGUCCCUGAGCAACGCAAGCUGCCCAGCAAUUUGGCAAGACGGCCAAACUUGGGCUCUGCCGGCAGGAAGGUUGUGGUGUUUGCCAACCAUUUCAAGGUGGAGUGUCAGGCCACCCAUGCCUUCCAUUAUGAUGUCAACAUCGUCCCCAGUGCGGAGAAAAGGAUGGGUGGGAAUGAUGAUCCAGAGAAGGCUGGGGCACCCAACAGGCCUCUGCCAGCAAAAUUGUGCCGUGCACUCAUGGCGGAACUGGCGGAGCAGCAAGGUUGGAAUGCACAGUGGGCUUUCGAUGGGAAAAAGAAUUUGUACUCCCCGUUUGGGCCUGACAAAUACCUUCCCAAACAUGAGCAUAGCUUUGAAGUGCAGCUCAAGGAGAGCAGCCCACAGCGACAGAGGAACUUUACGGUUACUACGAAACUUGCCUCGCAAGUCAGCAUAUCUGCUCUCCUGCAGUAUGUGCUGAACGGUGGCCUUGACAUCCCAAAAGACGCCAUCCAGGCAUUGGAUGUCGUCCUCCGGCACAGUGCCUCUAUGGAUCCGAACUGCACGCCAGUUGGAAGGUCCUUGUACUUUUGGGAUCCCUCAAAACGGCAACCACUUGGUGGGGGAGCUGAGGCAUGGGUUGGCUAUCACCAGUCAUUGCGGCCCUGCCAGUUUGGCCUGGUACUCAAUGUGGACUCAGCUGCCACUGGCUUCAUCGAGCCCGACAACCUCGUGGAGUUCAUCCGCAAGGUUUUGGGCAUGCAACCAAACCGCAUUGGCCACCUGCAGCCCAGGGAAUACCGGAAGCUGAAGAAGGCACUGUUGGGUAUACGGGUCAAGAAAGAGCAUCGCCAUGGGAAGCACUGCAACAAGGAGAGGAUCAGGGGUGUAACAGAAACUUCUGCAGACCGUACCAUGUUUUGGAAUGCACAAGAGAAGCAGGACGUGUCUGUUGCCAGUUAUUUUGCAAAGGCGUACAGGAAGCUCGAUUACCCCAAUUUGCCAUGCAUUGACGUUGGCAACGACAAGAGGCAGAUCUUGCUUCCUGCAGAAGUGUGCACGAUAAUUCCUGGCCAGCGUCGCAAGAAGUUAGAUGAGGGACAGACAGCGUCAAUGAUCAAGAUGGCUGCCCAGAACCCAGCGAGCCGGAAGCAGCACAUCGAAUACAGUGUUGCAAACCACGCUCGCUUGGUGAACGACCCAUGCGCCAAGGCAUUCCGGAUGAAAAUUAAUCCCAAGAUGCUGGAGCUUCAAGCGCGCGUGCUGCCACAGCCAAGGCUACAGUAUGGCUACCCCCAGUGCAUGAAUGUUGGGACACAAGGCUCGUGGAACCUGAAGGACACCAAGUUUCUGGCUGGUGUCCAGAUCGCGUCAUGGGCCAUGGUCAACUUGGUUGGCAGAGAAGUGGUCAACCAAGAGGGCCCCACAGGUCUCAAGGGUUUCAUGGGCGACCUCAUUGAUAUGCUGAAAAAGAGUGGCCUGUCAGUCGUUGGCUGGCCUGCACUGGUGACUGCAGACAAGCAACAGGGCAUCGAAAGAAACAUGAGGGAAGCCCAUAACAUGGCCAGUGGCCAGUUCAAGGUUCCGCCUCAACUCAUCUUGGUCUUGCUGCCAACCACAGGGGCCGAAGACUACAAAGAAGUGAAGCGCAUCUCAGAUAGUGUCCUUGGCGUGCCCUCGCAGUGCCUUGUGAAGACAAAGGCCGGAAUCGGCGGAUACGGUCCACCGCGAGGCCGGCCCCAGUACUGCGCCAAUCUGGCCAUGAAGAUUAACCAGAAACUGGGGGGCGUUAACUGCAAGAUCGUGGGGGGUCCAAACGUCGGGUUGCCCAUCAUUGGGCAGAAGCCCUUUAUUAUCUUCGGUGCAGACGUUACACAUCCGACAUCCUUCAACGAAAGUGAACCGUCUGUCGCGGCUGUUGUUGCAAGCAUGGACAGGUAUGUGUCGCAUUUCGCUUCGAGGGUUAGGGUACAGAAACACCGGCAGGAGGUCAUCGCAGAUCUUAAAGGCAUAGUAAAGGAGCUGAUGAUCCAAUUCUACCAGACCACAGGCCAAAAGAAACCCGAGCGGAUUGUGUUCUACCGUGAUGGUGUCUCUGAAGGCCAGUUCCAAGAGGUCUUGAAUUACGAGUACGAGCAGAUUCGCGAGGCCUGCGGGGAGCUCGGGGACAAUGGGGCUGACUACUGCCCGCCCAUAACUUUCGUAAUCGUGCAGAAGCGGCACCACACACGUCUCUUCCCUGUAGACGACAACAAGGACAGGUCUGGCAACGUCCUGCCUGGGACGGUCAUCGACAUGGGGAUCACGUCAUCAUUCGAGUUCGAUUUCUUCUUGAAUAGCCACGCUGGCAUACAGGGCACCAGCCGACCUGCACAUUACCAUGUGCUAGUGGACGAAAACAAGCUGGGAGCUGAUGCCAUGCAGCUGAUGACCUACUGGCUGUGCUACUUGUACUGCCGAUGCACAAGGAGCGUGUCUUACUGCCCUCCCGCCUAUUAUGCGCACCUGGCGGCCUUCCGCGGAAAGAUGAUGGUCAGCCACAGCGACUCCGAGUCGGAGACGGUGAGCAGCUCCCACAGGUCGGCGGAGCCCAGGUCCGCGAUGUCCGCGAUACACCCCAACUUGAAUGGGACCAUGUUUUACGUAUAG